AUGGAGGAGACCAANACCCCCCAGAAGAAAUACGUGAGCAGCGUUGGCAGCAGCAGCAGCAGCAAGAGAGCGGUGGCGCCCGCGGCGGGGACCAAGGAGGGGAUGAGGUACCGAGGGGUGCGGCGGCGGCCGUGGGGGCGGUACGCGGCGGAGAUCCGAGACCCCCAGUCGAAGGAGCGCCGCUGGCUCGGCACCUUCGACACCGCCGAGCAGGCCGCCUGCGCCUACGACAUCGCCGCCCGCGCCAUGCGCGGCCUCAAGGCGCGCACCAACUUCAACUAUCCCCCCUCCGCCGCCGCCCCCGCCGCCGCCUCCACUGCCGACCACCUCCUCCUCCACCACCCCUCCGACUUCCCCUUUCCCUCCUUCCCUCCCUCUUCUCCUACUCCCGCCCCAUCCCUCAACACUUUCCUCCUUCGCAACCUCAUUCACAAGCCUUCUUCCCAUGCUUCCUCUUCUUCUCUUCGGCAGCCGGAGUCUCUCAACUGUUGUCCAUGUUCCUCUCUCUCAUGCUUCACUCCUACUACUAAUGCCAAUACUAGUACUCACAUGGAUGGCUUUAAUAUGAGUGGACCCAGUUUGGAUUCCAACUUCUUCUGUACUACUACUAACUCGGAUUUGUCUCUCGUCCUUCAGCACCAUCAGCAGCAGCCCAUUGGCACUGCUGCUUCCCCACCAGCGGCAGCAGCAUCGACUACCUGUAUCUCUGAACCAGUGGGUCCAGUUCAAGACAAUUGGGACUUCUUCCAGUCAGAAUCCCCCGAGUCUGGUUUGCUUCAGGAGAUCAUACAUGGCUUCUAUCCUCGGCGCAAUACUGAUGAGCAGCAGCGGAGUGAUGGAAUGGAAGUUGAUAGCAAUCAUGGCAGUGGAAGUGAUGAGGUUGCUGAACAGUUGGGAGUUGGGAGUCAGAUGGCGAUCAAGAAAGAGCAGCAGGUAUUAUAUGGUACCUUUGAAGGACGGUAUGAUGUCUCUGAGAACUUCCCUAUGGUGCCCCAAGGCUUACUGGAAGACAUCAUUCAGUACCCGGAGUUCUUUGAGAUCUUCUCCACCAAGUUGCACUAG